AACCAGCAGCAUCAGGAGGAGGAAGAGGAGGAGGAGGAGCAGGAGGAGGAAGGAGACCGACGCGGAGGAUGCAGAUGCAGAGCAGCAUCCAUCUUCUCGCUGCCUCUCUGCUCUCGGCGCCUUGCAGGAGGACGAUGAGUCGGAUCUGAGCCGCCAUGGAUGCCGGGAAACCGUCCAGCUUCUGCUCUGCUUUGCAGCCUGCAGGAGGAGCGGGCCGUGAACGCGUCACGCAUUCAGACAGGCGGUGAAGCUGCGGGUCUCCAGCGCGGCCUGUGAGGUAACACCACCCUGAGCCUCCUCCCUCCGCCCCACAUGGACCUCUGACAGCCGCCUUUCGCUCCGCCGCAGACGCGGUGCGCAGAUGCGGCGCGCCGAUGCGACGCGCCUGGUUGUCCGCGCUGCGCGCCGCGCUACGGCCGCUCGCUGAGGCUGCGGCCCGGGACGGCGGCUGCCCGCGGCGCGGCAGGAUGGUGCGCGUCGCCAGCGCGCUGGGGCUCAUCAUCUUCAGCGUGGCGCUGCUCAUCCUGUCGCUCAUCAGCUACGUGUCCAUCAAGAAGGACUUCCUGCCCGGAUCCCCGCGGUUCGGGGCCAACGGAGGCCCCAGGAUGUACAUGUUCCACACGGGGUUCCGCUCCCAGCUGGCCAUGAAGUACCUGGAUCCAGAUUUCCUUCCUCUGUCCAGCGCUCUGACCGAGGAUCUGCAGAACGCCUCUAAAUGGAGGUACAACAGCACAGCUUUCUCACAGCUGAGGACGGAGAUUUCUCAACACAUCGACGUCCCCCGUAACUUCACCUUGACCCGGGACUCCGUCAAAGUCGGCCAGCUGAUGCACUUUGACUAUUCCAGCCACAAGUAUGUCUACUCCAUCGGCGAGAACUUCCGGUCGCUCCUGCCGGAGGUUUCGCCCGUCCUCAACAAGCGCUACAACGUCUGCGCCGUCAUCGGGAACAGCGGCAUCCUGACCGGCUCGCGCUGCGGGGCCCAGAUCGAAAAAUACGACUUUGUCCUCCGAUGCAACUUCGCGCCAACGGAGAUUUUUAAGAAGGACGUUGGGCGUCGGACCAACAUGACGACCUUUAACCCCAGCAUCCUGGAGAAAUACUACAAUAAUCUGCUGACUGUGCAGGACAGGAACAACUUUUUCCUGAGCCUGAAGAAGCUGGACAGAGCCAUCCUGUGGAUCCCGGCGUUCUUCUUCCACACGUCGGCCACGGUCACCAGGACGCUGGUGGACUUCUUCGUGGAACAUCGCGGCCAGUUGAAGGUCCAGUUGGCCUGGCCUGGAAACAUCAUGCAGUACAUCAACAAAUACUGGAAAACCAAGCAGUUGUCUCCGAAGCGCCUGAGCACGGGGAUCCUGAUGUACACGCUGGCGUCCUCCAUGUGCGACCAGAUCCACCUGUACGGGUUCUGGCCCUUCGGCUGGGACCCCAACACGGGGAAGGAGCUGCCGUACCAUUACUACGACAAGAAGGGCACCAAGUUCACCACCAAGUGGCAGGAGUCCCACCAGCUGCCGGCCGAGUUCAAGCUGCUCUACAAGAUGCACAGCGAAGGUCUGCUGAAGCUCAGCCUGUCGCACUGCGCUUAGCGGCUGGAUUCAUCCUGCUAACCAGCACAGCUAACGGCCAAACGACGGCCAAACUACAGCGAGGACCGGACCUGGAGUCAUUCAGAGCAAAAGCAAAAUCAGGGCCGUAAGACGUAAAGGAUGUGGGGGAAGCCGACCAAAAACAAUAAAAUUAGCGUCAGGCCUUUGUGCUGCAUUUGUGCUGCUAGCAUUUUAAAAGCAUUAAAAAGUUUACAGAGGCUAACUGGAAUCCUGGUACAAAUUCAGUCAAAAUUAUUGUCAAACUUUUGUGAUGCAGGAAUAUUUUCUUUGCUCUGCUUUUGCUUGAAAGACAUUAAUAAAAGUUCAAAGUUCAGAAGGUCAACCAGCUUAAAUCCAACAAAACUGGUGUUAACAUUGUACUUUGUACUUUGUGCUUCAUUUUUUU